AAAAUAAACGCAGCACACACUCCAGCGCGGGCAGGACAUCAGGAAUAUUCAAAUCAUUGGACAUCCAGCAGUCUCUUCCUACUGGGAUACAGAGGAUUAUAUGACAUGCAGACAUGAUUCCCGAGGAAAGCUUUGGAGCCAGCGUCCUCGAGAAAAGGAUGCACUCCGUGGGUCUGGCUCUUGAGGAGCUGCUGGUCACGGCUCAGAAGCAAGACUGCCUGACUAUGGGGAUUUAUGAGUCAGCUCAACUUCUUAAUGCUGACCCAGACAGUGUGGUUCUGUGUGUUCUGGCGGCUGACAACGAGGACGAUGUGGCGUUGCAGAUCCACUUCACCCUCCUGCAGUCGUUCUGUUGUGACAGCGGCAUCACCAUCCUGCGGGUCUCAGGGGUUCACCGUCUGCAGAGGUUACUGGGAGCGGUAGAUGCCAACAGAAAUCAGACAGAGCACGGGGACCUCCACUGCAUGCUGGUCACGAACCCCCAGGCAGACCACUGCAGGCUACAAGAAGUGGGGACUUACUGCCAGGAGAGCCGACGCCUCGACCAGUGGGUGCCUGAACUGGUCCUGCAGGAGCGCUGAUUGAUCCAGCACACCAGCGCAUCAACAAACACAGGAGCUCUCGCUGGGCUCGGAUACCAGUGAACUGAAGGAUCAAUUGUAGCUUGUGCAAGGACGGCCCGAAAUGGACUGAUACGGGACGUCCUGACUGAAAACCAGCAGGAACCAAGCAGGAGGGUGUCUCUUUCAGGGUGACUGUGUCAGAGCUUUGCAGAGUGGAGACUGAUUUCUAGAAUCUGUAUUCUAGAAACUUUGUGCAACAGAUACACGCAGAAAGCAGGAAAUAACAAGCUAGGGACACACACAGAUUUCUACCCAGGCCACAUUGUUUUUGAAUGUCAGGAAAACAGAUGUAAACAUCUCUUUUGUAUGCUUUUACUAUUCAGCCAGUCAUGUUUCCAAUGUUGACUUUUACAUAUUUGCCUGUCAGCAUGUGUGAAAUCAAUUAAUGCCAUGCUAAGAGACAUUGAACCAGUAACUUUGCAGCUGAGUUAGCAAUGCCCCAGCCUGUACCUGGAUGGCCUGUGUGUAUCUGUGGACCGCAGGGGGAACACAGUGACGUAACAGCUGUGGACAAUGUGGUGUACUCUGACACCUAUCGAGUCAUUGGAAAGAGGGUGUGUACGGUAUGCGUGUCUGUGUCUCCCUGAAAAAUGACAGGGCGUGCAGCAUGUGUGUUCUUGGAAUGAGUCGCCGAACCUGUGUGGGAAUCGUCACCAUGGAAACUGAAAUGGAAAUGAUGUUCAAGUUAAAAUCACAAAAGCUUUGUUGGCAUUGCAGGAACAUUACAACAGAGUAUAGUGUGGUGUCCUGGUCAGAUGAGGACACAGAAUGAGCAACAUGGCCCUUGACUGAUUUGAUCAAAUGUCAGCUGUAAAUUCUCAUUGUAAUGCAACAGACACCAUAAACAAUAUCUUUGUGAGUUCAGGAGGCAGAAUACAACACUGCCUAUUUGAUACAAAGUUGUAGAUCAAAAGCUAAGCUAAUAUUUACAGUGCUGUGUUAAUUUAUUAUUGGAUUAGUGCCUGUCAAUGUAGUUAUUUAUGGUUUAUUUUGUUCUCUGUUAACUAAGUCAAUAAAUUAUUGUACUGAUAAUUGAGAAACUUUUCAGUUAAAGUGGUUCCUGCUCAGAUUCUAAAGCAAAAACCAUGUGUGCGUCAUGGAACCAGGAACUAUAGCUGAGUCAUGCAGCUGGUGUUUACCUUUCAUUUGCAGUAAUGGAAAAAACACACGCACUUGGAGC